GGCAAAUUUCCAACCUCAACGCUGUGACUAAGGUGCGUAACGUCACAUCCGGUGUGGUGGGCGGGAGCGGGAAACAAAAGGAGAGCAAAGGCGCAUGCGUUGGUGCUUCUCAGGUUCUGGCGGGCUCUUCCGCUCAGCCCGAGAGAAGUGCUUCCGGGUUGCCGCCGGCUGCCGCCUCCCGGCGCGUCUAGGAGCCAUGUCCACUUUGUUUCCCUCACUCUUCCCCCGUGUGACUGAGACACUGUGGUUUAAUCUGGAUCGACCCUGUGUGGAGGAGACAGAGCUGCAGCAGCAAGAACAACAGCAUCAGGCCUGGCUCCAGAGCAUCGCAGAGAAAGACAACAACCUGGUACCUAUUGGCAAGCCGGCCUCAGAGCACUAUGAUGAUGAAGAAGAGGAGGAUGAAGAUGAUGAUGAAGAUAGUGAAGAGGACUCAGAGGAUGAUGAGGACAUGCAGGACAUGGAUGAGAUGAAUGACUACAAUGAGUCACCUGAUGAUGGAGAGGUCAAUGAGGUGGACAUGGAAGGCAACGAACAGGAUCAGGACCAGUGGAUGAUCUAGGUAGACAAGGCAGGGUGGCCUCAGGGAAAUUCCAGGCCAGCCGAACUUACCCUGCAUCCCCUGCAGAACCAGCUGUUUGCCCCAGUGCCUGAAAGCUCACCUUUGGGUAUUUCUUCAGCUGCUGCCAGGAACUGGUCUCCUUGGCCCCUCCCAGGCCAUCAGUUUGCCCUUGAGUCCCCAGGGCCUGAGCCCAACCCACCUUUCUGCCUAGUACUUCGCCCUUUGGUUGCCAGGUAUAGUCUCUAACUCCCUUUAAUAAAGACACAGGACUGA